GAGGUGGUGGUGAUGGUGAGUGGCAGAAGCCAGGGAAGCACAAGUUGGAACACAGCUGUGCCCAAGGUCAAAAAGGUUAUCAGCUAGCAAAAUAUUCCUCAUCACAACCCAUCAAGCUAUUGUUGCUGCUGCUGGUGCUGAUGGCAAGUCUGAGCCACUCAACUACAGCCACCAGUAUGAGCAGUAAGAACGGACAACCACUGGUGGGUGUGGAAGACUACCAAAGGGAGGCAUUCCGUCGCCUGCCCAAAAAUGCUCUAGAUUACUACCGAUCCGGCGCCCUCGACCAGGAGACUCUACAGGAAAACAAGGAUGCCAUGAUGAGGUGGUACAUUCGACCCCGGUUCCUCCGGGAUGUGUCAAAGCGCAGUAUGGCAACCACCCUGCUGGGCCACAAGGUUGCUGUGCCCUUUGGUGUGGCCCCGACAGCCAUGCAGCGAAUGGCUCACCCUGAAGGGGAGGUGGCCACGGCAAAGGCUGCCGGGAAGGUGGGAGCUCCCUUCACCCUGAGCACCAUUGCCACAUCCAGCAUCGAGGAGGUGGCCGAGGGUGCACCCAACACACUGCGCUUCUUCCAACUCUAUAUUUACAGGGACAGAGAGGUCACAGCUUCCCUGGUGAGGCGUGCCGAGGCUGCUGGCUUCUCAGUGCUGGUCCUCACUGUGGACGCACCAUCAUUUGGCAUCCGCCGUGCCGACAUCAGAAACAGAUUUGUUCUUCCCCCUCAUCUUAGGAUGGCCAACUUUCAAGGCAAAGAUGAGUUCAGCCGUAUCAACACAUCAGCGGGCGGCUCAGGCAUCAACGAGUACGUGGCCUCGCUCUUUGACCCAAGCCUCACCUGGCAAGAUGUGGCCUGGCUUAAAAGCAUCUCCCGGUUGCCCCUAGUGCUAAAGGGCAUCCUGACAGCAGAGGAUGCCAAGCUGGGCGUGGAGGCGGGUGCUGCAGCCAUAUGGGUGUCGAACCAUGGCGCACGGCAAGUGGAUGGUGUCCCCCCAACGAUGGAAGCCCUGCCUGAGGUGGUGAAGGCUGUGGGUGACCGCUGUGAGGUGUACGUGGACGGGGGCUUCUCUCAGGGAGGACACAUCUUCAAGGCCCUGGCUCUUGGGGCCAAGAUGGUAUUCAUGGGGCGCCCCCUGAUAUGGGGACUAGCCUGUGGGGGCGAGGAGGGGGCAGAGGCUGUGCUGAACACCCUCAAGGCAGAACUGGACUCUGUCAUGGCACUGUCAGGAUGUGCCACAAUAAAGGACAUCACCCAGGACAUGGUGGUGCGACGAGAGACCUACUCCAGGCUCUGAGUGACCUCGCCGACACUACCAAGCCAGCUACUGUCCAUAUCCCACAGUCCUUUCCCUCUCCUAAAAAUACUCUUCUGUUAAAUGGCAGCAAUAAGGGUGAAUUUCUUCCCUCAUCUAUUAAUAGUUCCUGUCCAGUUUUCAUUGGUAUAUAUAUUUAUUUUUUGUGAAGUAUCAAUAAAGUUCAAAUAUAUGUAAAGUACAACUGCACUGUAACCCCAAUGCAUCUUAACUAUUGGCAAUUUAUAUUCUUAAUAAUGAGGAAUGUUUAACUUUCAAUAAAUAUUCAAUUACAAUAGGAAAAACAUACUUGUACAUUGCACAAAUGGGUAUCAUCAUAUGUUUGUUGCUUGGUUAUAAGGAAGGUCUUUUAAAUAGCACAAAUAUUUCGCUUUCAAUAAACAUCAAACAGAACCAGAAAAAGAUGCAUAUUACUCCCAUAUGAAUGUAAUCCUUCUC